AAACAGCGCGCCAUUGCGCAUGGGCAGAGGACUUCUUGUACCUCAUCUCUAUGCUGCCCUAGCUCGGUGAAAUAAAAGAGGAGCUGCCCGGACCACUAGCUACAAGCUAAACAUCUCGGAGCUGUAAAAGAAUUGCAGAGACAGCCCCUGCCGUAGGAUGUAGUCCCCAUCAGAUCACGGCAGAGCAGACAGACAACCAGAACAAGCGCCCCCCAAAAAACCCACCACCACCUCCGCAUCUGCCUCGCGCAGAGGUCGCAGUCCUCCUCGCUACGACAACGUUCCCCUUCCCCCCACCCCUUCCCGUUCCCCCCGAUCACCAGCAUGUCCGCCGUCACCUCGGCAACCCCAGCCCCGCCCACUCCCACAAACCCCCCGCCCCCUGAGGUGACCAACCCCAGUAAGCCGGGCCGGAAGACCAACCAACUGCAAUACAUGCAGAAUGUGGUGGUCAAGACACUGUGGAAGCACCAGUUCGCAUGGCCCUUCUACACGCCAGUGGACGCAAUAAAACUUGGCCUGCCGGAUUAUCACAAGAUAAUCAAGAACCCCAUGGACAUGGGCACCAUCAAGAAGAGGCUGGAGAGCGCCUACUAUUGGAGCGCCAGCGAGUGCAUGCAGGAUUUCAACACCAUGUUCACCAACUGCUACAUUUACAACAAGCCCACAGACGACAUCGUCCUCAUGGCUCAGGCCCUGGAGAAGAUUUUCCUGCAGAAGGUCGCCCAGAUGCCCCAGGAGGAGGUGGAGCUCCUUCCACCUGCCCCCAAGGGCCCUAAAGGGCGCAAGCCGCCUGGACCGCCCGGAUUAGGUGGCCAGCAGGAGGCAGCAGUGUCGUCGCCCUCUCCGCCAGCGUCCUUCCCAGGCACCACGUCUCCGGGCCCCCAGACCCCGGUCAUCUCGUCUGUGCCCGUGGGCUCCAUCACCGGCAACAUCCCCUCCACGCAGAACGCACAGGCCACGCCCAUGAUGCCAGUGGGACCACCUGCUCAGCCCAUCGUCAAACUCCCUCAGAAGAAAGGGAUCAAGAGGAAAGCGGACACCACCACGCCCAACACCUCCGCCAUCACGGCCAGCCGCGGCGAGUCGCCCACGCCGCUCUCCGACGUCAAGCCCCCCCCCGCCGGCGGCGGCAAGCCCGGCCCGCGACGCGAGAGCGUCCCCCGGCCCGUCAAGCUGGCCAAGAAGGAGGCGGAGGACGGCGGCGGCGGCGGCGGCGAUCUGGGCGGGCAGCACGGCGGCGGAGGAGGCGGCAAGCGCUCGCGUCUGACCGAGCACCUCAAGCACUGCGACAACAUCCUGAAGGAGAUGCUGUCCAAGAAGCACGCCGCCUACGCCUGGCCCUUCUACAAGCCCGUGGACGCCGAGGCGCUGGCCCUGCACGACUACCACGACAUCAUCAAGCAUCCCAUGGACCUGAGCACGGUCAAGAAAAAGAUGGACGGUCGGGAGUAUACGGACGCACAGACUUUUGCUGCAGAUGUCCGAUUAAUGUUCUCGAAUUGUUACAAGUAUAACCCGCCAGAUCACGAGGUGGUCGCCAUGGCCAGGAAGCUACAGGAUGUGUUUGAGAUGCGCUUCGCCAAGAUGCCGGACGAGACGGCGCCGCUGAGUCCGAGCGGCGGUGGCGGCGGCGUGGCGGGCGGCCCCGUGGUCAGCAAGAGCACGGGCAGCAGCGGCAGCAGCGGCGACUCGUCCGACGACGACAGCUCCGACUCCGAGGAGGAGCGCGCCACUCGCCUGGCAGAGCUGCAGGAACAGGUGGGUGCUGAACAGCAGCGGUUGUCUGAAAAGAAGCCCAUUGCUUGCAGGCGGGGGAGUAAAAACGGGUUACAUCAGCUGAAGGCCGUCCACGAGCAGCUGGCCGCUCUCUCUCAGGCCCCCGUCAGCAAACCAAAGAAGAAGAAGGAGAAGAAAGAGAAGGACAAGAAGAAGAAGGAGCGCGACAACAAGCACAGCAAAGCCAAGCCCGAGGACGACAAGAAGGCCAAGCCGGGCGCGGGGCAGCCCGCCAAACCGGCCCAGCAGAAGAAGGCCCCGUCCAAGAAGGCCAACAGCACCGUCCCUGCCUCCAGGCAACCAAAGAAGGGCGGGCGCACGGGCGAGACGGACGAGGAGGAGGAGUGCCUCCCCAUGACGUACGACGAGAAGCGGCAGCUGAGCCUGGACAUCAACCGGCUGCCGGGCGAGAAGCUGGGCCGCGUGGUCCACAUCAUCCAGACGCGCGAGCCCUCGCUGCGCGACUCCAACCCCGACGAGAUCGAGAUCGACUUUGAGACGCUCAAGCCGUCCACGCUGCGCGAGCUGGAGAAGUACGUCAAGUCCUGCCUGCAGAAGAAGCAGAGGAAACCGCUACAGAAAGGCUCAGGGCCCGGGUCCGGCCCGUCUCGUGCCAGUGGCAGCAGCAGCUCUUCGGACUCGGGGAGCAGCAGUUCCAGCGGCUCCAGCUCGGACAGCAGCGACUCUGACUGAACACACACACACACACACACACACACUCAUAAACAAACACAAAUGCACGCACGCACACACACAUACACACACAUACAUGCCCCCUCCCCUCACUCAGCCCCAGACCCCUCCAUGGGAACUGCUCCUUUUUACAUUUAUUUUACUUUUGACUCCCUGUCCUUGGGUUUUUUUUUUUUUUUUUAAACAUUGUAUUCAUGGUUGUUUCACCCCUGCCCCCUUCACCCCUCCUCCUCCUCCUCCCCUCCUUUCUCUUGAGACUCAUUUCUUAUGAGAGAAAAGAAAAAAAAACAACAAUAAACAAAAGAAAACAAACAAAAAAAGGACGGCGUAAAGGGACAUUUGCAAGCUUUUUCAGUGGAUUUUCUUUUUUUUUUUUUUGUCCUGAGGAAAAAUCAAAUCAGAGAAACAUGGAAAGUGUAAGAUGACUAUUUUCACUGACUUUCAAAAGGGAUGCCCUCCCCCCUCCUCCACCAUCAACCAAACAUAAUUCUGUACACCUACACAAAGAACAUACAAGAGCAUUUUUAAGUAUUCUUGGAUGAAAAGAAAAAAAAAAAACAAUUGUUUCCUAAUCUUUUUUUGUAUUAUUAUUAUUGUGGAAAGAAAAUGUACUCCUUGCUGUCAAUUUUGCAAUGCCAUCUCUUGGGGAUGUGGUUAGGACAAAGGUGAGAACCUGUUGUCACCCACCAUACUCUGCGCUGUUCCCCAAUGCCCUCCAGACCCUAAUGUCACACAGAGACUCACUUGCUUAAGUCAUAGCCUCCACGCCUACCAUUCUAGCCCAUCAUUGGAGAUGUAUGUAGAUUUCACUUUGAUUAGUUGUAUGCCAGUUCUCAAUUAACUGAAAUGGGGUAGACUAUACGUUAGCAAGAUAAAAACAAAAAAAACCCUCUCUCCUCAACUUACACACCAGGCUUGUUUGGUUGCAGUUUAUCUCCAAUGCAGUAUGAAUCAUGGUUUUAGACUUGAGCUGUAUUGUCAAUGAAAUACCACUUACUACCAGUUGGGGGCGUGCAGUGAUUGGAGAUUUCUUUUUUUUGGGAGGCCCUAUUGAACUCCUCUCUAGUGUGUGUUUGGUGAGAAUGGAAUAGGGUUUCCUCGUUUAUUUUUGUGGACGUGUAUGUGAGCACAUGGGGGUUUCUGGAGGGGGAUGGGAAACGGCAGCCAGUGGGUGGUCAGACAGGGUGGCAGAUCUCAAGACAAUGCUAAUUUAUUUCGGUCGUUCCGUUAGACUAGACUAGAGACGAAAGCUAGUUCAAGAAAACGACCGGCCUCGUUGUCAAAUCGCAGUUGAGCGGCUCAAGGAAAGGGUAUGAAUGUGUGUCUGAUAGUUAUGCUAGAAACUGUAUUUGUAGACUUCCAAGUGCUUCAAAUAUUUCUCCAUUGUAUAUUGUUUCCUCUUAUUUCCCCACUUGUAGAAAGAGAUUUUUUUUUUUUUUUUGUCUUUUGAGAAGUAUGAACCACUAGAUGUGGUGUUUGGUGUGUGUAAGUAUGUGUGUGUGUGUCCACAGGCAUCAGUAUCAAUGGUCUGUCAUCUGCAGAUGAAUGUAUUCAUCCCAAGCAGCUCUUUGUACCCUUUAUGGUCAUUUCACAGGUGUACAAGUGGCAAAGAACAUGAUCAACUUUCUCUGAAUCCCACCUUCUCUUUUUGUACUUGUAGACAACCAAACUCUUUUUGAAUCCCUACCCCACCCUCCACCCCAGUAGUUAUCAUUUCUACCCCCCCCCC